GUGUCCUAAAAGUCAUUCUGAAAGUAUGCCCACUGAAAGUAUACUCACCAAAAUGCAAGACACAAAUGUACUGAAAAAGGAGGUCUAAGCAUCACGUAUAGUUAUUUUGAGUCUUAGAAAUACAGAAGCAUUAUUGCGGUAACUCAGAAGUCAAGCCUGUGUCCACAAGAGGCUCGAGCAGAAAAUGUCAUUUCUACACAGUAGCCCACGGCCAACUGACGGGAACACCACUCCAGUCUCCAACUACACUUUUAUAGACAACUCCACUUCCACCUCCGCCUUUGGACCAGAUGCAGAUUUUUUGGACAAAAUAACUGCCAAUGAUAUCACCUCCAGAGCCAAUUAUGUUUAUAGUUUCCUGUCUGCACUUGGUUUUGUCGCGGCUUGUUUCCUUGUCUAUGGCUUCGUCCUGGCGUUCAGAGCUCAGAGAAGAGUGGCCUGGCUGGACUGUCUGCUUUGGGCCUUCUGUGUUUUACAGUUACUGUUACUGCUGCUGUCUCUGUAUGCAGUGGCUCAUAGACCGCACUACCUGAGAACCACAGGGUUAGGAUGUGCUGCCCUCUCCUUCACAAUAAACACAGUAUUCACCAGCAGUCUACUAGUCCUUGUGCUCCUGGCAUAUGUUCUUAGCAUGGAUCCACCAUCAAAUGCCUUACUGAGAAAGCCAGGAGUCUGCGCAGCUCUAGUCCUCCUGUCCUCUGUACUGAUAUCCUUAAUGCUGGCUGGAAUUGGUGGACCAAGACAAGAAGACAGAUGUUUUAUGGAUCCAGUUUGUCUUCCAUAUGCAGUGGCUAAACUCCUCUUAGCCAUAUUAGUGCCAUAUAUUAUUCAGAUGGCGCUCCUCAUUGCAGGUUGUGUGAGGCAAUGGAAAACUAGAGGGCGUUUCCUAUCUGGAUCCGAGGAGGGUCCAGUUUUUGUUACGGUUUCUUUAAUAUUAUUCAUUUGUGGAUUAUUUUACAGUGUAGUGCUGAUGAGAGCUGCACUGUUACAGAAAGAGAAUGAAUUGAGCCCCAAAGAGGAGGCUUUUUUGAAUGUGUUUGAAUUUGUGUUUUUCUCAGGGAGUAGCUUCAGUUUGGUCCUGGUGUUGCUGCUUCACAGGCCGUGUCGAGAAACACUAAAAGCCGUGAUAAGACAAAUGCAGGACUGUUGCAAGAGGCCGGGACAAGCACAAACCAACCGCAACAUCAUAGCACCAACGAUAGAGAUCUCUGACACACUGCAAGACAUCGAACCAUGAAGAACAGGGGUACAUUUAAGCCCCAUCAGUUGGAUGGGAAUUUUUGAGGGGAUGAAGCCUCCUUCAUCUUCUUUGGAAUUUGUUUUGAAGUAUAAUAAUUCUUUGCAAAUUAAUGGAAAAAGGGACAAAGGGCUCAACUGUUGAAGAUAAAAAUAUUACGUUACUUAACUAAGAAAUCUUUAAAUAUUUUGUAGUAGUAAUCUUAUUGUAUAGUUACCACAGGACUGUUGAGCUAAAUGAUGUGUCCUUUCUGGAAACCUGACUUCUUCUGUUGGGCUAAACUACGGAUUGUAAUUGUUAAUGCUGCCUUGGGCAUGACUGACAAAGAAAUGGUUGCCAUUUUGCACCAAAGAUCUUUGUGAUCUGUAUGUUAACUCAUGUCACAGCCACAGUAUGCAAUGAUCUGAGCUGGGAUAGAACCUUCCAAUUUUAAGAUGAGUCCUCUUUACCUCUGUGAGUUACAGAGAAUUUCACAAAUACAUACAACUACAUUAAUCUGACUUUAAGAUAAUAAAAUUAUUGUAAAUACAUAAAAAUAAACAUAUGCUAAAUGAUGAA